AUGGGGAAGUUAUGGAACAUGGAGGAAGGGGGGAUAGUGGAGGGCUUCAGCACGGAGGAGCUGGAGUGCAUGAUCUGCUACUGCCCGUAUAGCCUGGGCAGCCGGCGCCCUAAGGUCCUCGAGUGCUGUCACCGCCUGUGUGCCAAGUGCCUGGCCAAGAUCUUAGACCUAGGCGAGUCGCCACCCAAUGCUGUGGUGUGCCCGUUUUGCCGGUUCGUCACUAGUUUCCCGGGCGAGGCGGUGGGCAACCUGCCAGAUGACUGCAACUUGGUGGCAGCGCUGGCCCUCCAGACCCGGAACCAGAGGAACUUGCACUACCACAAUGAGGGCCCCACCGAGCUACUGCUCAGCUCCAGGCACCUAAGCUCGCUCAUGGGCAACCCUCCCAGCGGCUCCCCAUCCUCCUCCACUACCACUACCACCACCACCACCCACACAUACUCCUCCAUCCGUGGUUCACCCAACUACAUGGUCAUCACCAUCAUGGAACCGCCUCCAUCCCCUGAGGACCACCACCCCUACCAACUUCACUCCCACCCCCCUGGAGUGGCCACCAUCCAGGGUAGGGAUUACCACUCCUCCAGUCUGGACUCCAUGGCCUCAAUCAACCAGAGGUGGGCGGUGUGGAACUGCGCUGCCCGUGCGCUGGUGUGGGUGUUGGGGCUCCUCUACUUCAGCUCCUUGCCCAUGGGGGUCUACCUGCUCAUCAUGCAGAAGACCACCCUGGGGGUCCUUCUGGUAAGCCUGGUCCCGGCAAGCCUCGUCAUGAUCAUGGUCUACGGCUUCUGCCAGUGCCUCUGUCACGAGUUCUGGGACCUUAUGCCUCAUAGCAGCCAAAGAACGAUCAUCCGAGGAGGUUAA